AUGGCUCCGAAGGGCGAGCUGAGCAGCCUGGUGAAGCACCUCGCCGAGGCCGAGCAGCUCCUGAGCAGCGGCAGCGGCGGCAGCGACUGCAACUCGGGGGCGGCCAACGAGGAGGGAUGGGGGAGGGACUCCGUGAUCGAGGCGACGGCCCAGAUGGACGAGCUGGAGCGCUCGAGCGUUGAGCGGUCGAGCAGCCUCAGCCUCGGCUCGAGGUCGGACGUGUGCAGCGGAAGCGACGUGAGCAGGAGGAGCCGCUCGAGCCCGACCUGGCUCCAGGCCUCGGCGGCGAGCUCGACCGACGGGGCGGCCCAGGAGCCGGCGCGUCCGGCGCCGCAGGAGGAGGACGAGCUGCUCCAGCUCGGGCCGGGGGUCCGCCAGGUCUCCCUGGUCGAGCGGAUGGAUGAGACGAGGAGUGGGAACGUGACCACCGACGCGGAGACCCUCGCUUUGCAGGCGGUGGAGCUGGCGAAGAAGGGCGAGAAGCUCAAGAUCGCGGAGAUGAUGCAGCAGGAGCUCGAGAAGGCGAGCGAGGCGAAGCUGGAGCUCGCGAUCGAGAAAGACGAGAAGGAGGCCAAGGCUAUCAAGAUACUCACCGAGGUGCACAAUGAGCUCGAGAACGUGAAGGAGGAAAAGGACGUAAAGAUCGCGCAGGUGGAGCAGGAGCUCGCGAACGCGCGCGAGUCGAAGAAAGCCGAGGUCGCGGAGAUGCAGCAGGCGCUCGUGAAGACACGGGUCGCCGCCGCCAAGGACGUGGUCAUUCUGAAGAGCCAGAUCGGCAGGGAGAAGGAUGCUCUGAAGGUGCAGCUCAAGGUGGCGGAGCAGGAGGGGGCCAGAGUCAAGCGUGAGAAAGAGGUCCUGAAGGCGAACGUCAGGAGCAUGCAGAAAAACAUCGCAGUUUUGAAGGGCGUGGACCCGGGCCCCGGCGAGAACGACGAGGGCGAGCCACAGGACCAGCUGCCCCCCGCGGUCGCCACGCUCGCCGAGACACCCGACGACGCCUCGCCGCCGCAGCGGCCGCGGAAGGUGGACGUGGGGGACCUGAGCAUGAUGCCGGACGGGCAGCUGCACGUCGGCGAGUACAGCCCGCUGCGCGGCCUGAGCACCCUCUCCUCGCAGCUGGUGGGCCGGCAGGUCAGCCACGGUCUUCGCAGCCCCCGCCCAGCUCUCGAGAGGAGCCCGACGACGUGGAGAGCCUGGACGGGAGCGGCAGCUGCUUCUCCGGGGGGCUGA